AUGGGAGACGUUGCAGGCGCCGCCCCCGCCGGAACCAAGGCCACAAAGCUUCCGAUUCCAGGAAAGAGGAACAUUCUCAUCACCAGCGCUCUUCCUUACGUCAAUAACGUUCCUCACCUCGGCAACAUCAUUGGCUGUGUGUUGAGUGCUGAUGUUUUUGCUCGAUACUGUCGUCUUAGAGGUUAUAACGCUAUUUACAUAUGCGGAACCGAUGAGUAUGGAACGGCGACGGAGACAAAAGCAAUGGAAGAGAAAUGCUCUCCUAAAGAGAUUUGUGACAAGUAUCACGCCAUUCACAAAGAAGUUUAUGAUUGGUUUGGUAUUAGUUUUGAUGAAUUUGGGCGCACAUCAUCUCCACAGCAGACUGAAGUUUGUCAAGCAAUAUUUGGCAAACUAUUGGAGAACAAUUGGCUUUCUGAAAACACGAUGCAACAGCUGUACUGUGAUACUUGUGAGAGAUUUUUAGCCGAUCGGCUCGUUGAAGGCUCAUGUCCUACUCCAGGUUGUGAGUAUGACUCUGCACGUGGUGAUCAGUGUGAGAAGUGCGGGAAACUUCUAAAUCCAACUGAAUUGAAAGACCCUAGGUGCAAGGUCUGUCAAACAACCCCACGUAUUCGUGACACCAACCACAUGUUUCUUGAACUUCCUUUGCUGAGAGAGAAACUGGAAGAAUAUAUCAACAAGACGUGUGUGGCUGGAUCUUGGAGCCAAAAUGCUAUUCAAGCAACACAUGCUUGGCUUAAGGAAGGGUUGAAACCCCGGUGUAUUACAAGAGAUCUAAAGUGGGGGGUUCCCGUUCCACUUGAAAGGUUCAAGGACAAGGUCUUCUAUGUCUGGUUUGAUGCACCUAUAGGAUACGUCUCCAUUACAUCAUGCUACACAAAUGAAUGGGAGAAAUGGUGGAAGAAUCCAGAAAAUGUGGAGCUUUUUCAAUUUAUGGGAAAGGAUAAUGUGCCUUUCCACACGGUUAUGUUUCCAUCUACUCUUCUUGGAACUGGAGAAGACUGGACCUUGAUGAAAACCAUUAGUGUUACUGAAUAUUUAAACUAUGAAGCAGGAAAAUUUUCUAAAAGUAAGGGCAUAGGAGUUUUUGGUAAUGAUGCAAAAGAUACAAAUAUUCCUGUAGAAGUAUGGAGAUAUUACUUAUUAGCCAAUAGGCCUGAGGUUUCAGAUACAUUAUUUACGUGGGCUGAUUUACAAGCAAAACUUAAUGGCGAGUUACUGAACAAUUUGGGCAACUUCAUUCAUCGAGUUUUGAGCUUCAUUGCCAAACCUUUAGGGCAGGGUUAUGGUUCCAUUAUUCCUGAUGCUCCUGACGUGGUGUCUCAUGAACUAACAUUGGGUUUGGCUGAAAAAGUGGGUAAAUACGUAGACCAAUAUAUGGAAUCAAUGGAGAAGGUUAAACUAAAACAAGGUCUGAAAGCUGCAAUGGCUAUUUCAAGUGAGGGAAAUAUAUAUUUGCAAACAGCACAGUUCUGGAAUCUUUACAAAGCGGACAAACCUUCCUGCAAUAUUGUUAUGAGAACUUCAGCUGGUCUAGUACAUCUUCUAGCAUGUUUAUUAGAACCUUUCAUUCCUUCUUUCUCAUUGGAGGUGUUUAGGCAACUGGAUUUACCUCCGGGACGACAUAUUUCACUUUGUGAAGAAAAAGGAGACAUUGAGAAAGCAAAACAACCUUGGAAGAUUCUACCUUCUGGUCAUAAGAUUGGCACACCAGAGCCACUAUUCAAAGAAUUGAAAGACGAAGAAGUAGAACUAUACAGAGACAAGUUUGCUGGAAGUCAGGCUCAACGUAUUGUGAGAGCAGAAGCUGAAGCAGAAAAGAUUGCUGCUCAGCUAAAAAAAACUAACGUCUCAGGCAGUGGAAAAAAGCAACAGGCAAAAUCCACAGGCAGCAAACCGAAAGCUGCUGUGGAAACAGAAAUUACGAUUACGAGACUGGAUAUCCGUGUUGGGUUAAUUACAAAAGCUCAGAAGCAUCCUGAUGCUGAUUCCCUAUAUGUCGAAGAAAUCGAUGUGGGAGAAUCGCAACCUCGAACCGUUGUCAGUGGAUUAGUCAAAUACAUACCAAUUGAAGAGAUGCAGAAUCGGAAGGUGUGUGUUCUUUGCAACUUGAAGCCGGCAUCCAUGAGAGGCAUUAAAUCUCAAGCCAUGGUUCUUGCUGCUUCCAAUAGCGAUCAUACUAAGGUCGAAUUAGUCGAGCCACCCAAAGAUGCCAAUGUCGGAGAAAGAAUUAAAUUCCCAGGAUUUGAAGGUGAGCCGGACGAUGUAUUGAACCCGAAGAAGAAGGUAUGGGAGACGCUGCAGGUAGAUUUAGCUACAAACACAGACCUGGUGGCAUGUUUUAAAGAUAUACCAUUUACCACAUCAGCUGGUGUUUGCAAAGUUUCUUCCAUUUCUAGUGGUUCUAUCAGGUAGACCAAAAAUAUCUCAAUCAACCACUGAAGGGAGAGGAGAGCAGGAUUUCGUUUUCCAGGUCUCGAGUUUACUUUUUUUCCCCCUCCAUCUUUUUCUUUAUUUGCAAUGUCAUUAUGCUUUAUUUAUGGGAUUAUUGGCGAAUCAAUUGUCCCAAGUUAUAGAAAGUUGUAUUCGAUUUUAUAUUAUGUUUGAAAAAAAUAAUUACUGAAAAUAUUAAGGAUUGCAAAAUUUCCCUCA